CUUCUUCCCCUUCAGCUUCUCCUCAUCCCACUUGGCUUCCUUCUUGCCAGCCUUUCCACCCCCUCCGCGACCUCACUUUCCUUCCUUCCUCUCCCUCUCUCCUUGACCUGAUUUCCACUCCUCUCAUCUACUUCUUCCUCCCCGCCAUCGGGCUCAUGCCUGACAUUGACCUCCGCUUCUGUUUCCGUGACCUCACCUCAAGCUUCAACAAUGCCGAGUAAGCUGCCUGACUACCCCCCGCUGGAAUUUAUUAACUCACCUGCGCUUCUCUCUACAGUCCGUCUCUUAGAUGAAUGGGCCGCCCCCCGCACCCAAUCCCUCCCUAUCUCGGCCCUCAAAGGCGCCGUCGUCGGUAUCGAUGCGUCGCACUACAUCUCCCAGCACCUCCUCCAACCCUCCACCCGCGAGCCGCUUCUCGUCGCCCUGGGUGGCUUCCCGUUCGCCCUGAAGACCAAUAUUGAGCGAGAGCUCCAAACCUUGAAGGAAUUGGGCGUCGGCUGUCUCUUCGUUUUCAAUGGCCUGGGUUUCAGCACGAAAGACCAGCGGCCCGCCGUGCAGCCGGAAUCCGUGCGGGCAUUCGAACAAGCCUGGGACCUUUAUGACCAACAGCAGGCCGAUCAGGUCGUCGAUGCUUUUAGUGGUGCCGGCACGCCUCGACCCGAAACUCUCUACCGCUUUCUGCAACGCAUCCUUCGCGCACAUGACAUAGAGUAUAUGGUGGCUCCCUACAGUGCCGCGGCUCAGGUGAGAUGGCAUUUUUUAGGCCCUACUGUGGUGUCUUCUGACCGCGAUCCUAGCUGUCCUACCUGAUCAAAGGCUCGAAUCCACUGGUCGACGCAGUCUGGGGACCAUCGGAGGUGCUGCUUUUCGACGUCGACAAAUUAAUCAUCCGAGUUGAUAUCGACCCGUCGCAGUUUGUCUGGCUGUCCAAACAGACCUGCCAGGAUGACCUGGGCCGACUGAGCCAGGAUCAGUUUGUCGACCUUGGCCUCCUCCUGG